AUGGAGAACGAAAAACGAAGUCGUGGAAGGAAUGGGGUCUGGUUUAUUCUCCAUGUAGCUUUGCUGCUGUUUUUCGGGAAAGAGGCUUCGGCAGAAAUAAGAUACUCUGUUGCAGAAGAGGUGAAAGACGGAACUGUUGUCGGAAAUGUUGCAAAGGAUCUCGGUCUUGAUAUCAGCUCUUUGACCAGCCGGCGGUUCCGUGUUGUGUCUGAAUCCAAGGAUGCGUUUUUUGAUGUAAACCAGGACAACGGGGAUCUAUAUUUGUUUAAGAAAAUCGACAGAGAGGAGCUUUGCCUGGGCAGUGGGGCAUGCAUAAUGGAGCUAAAAAUUAUAGCAGAAAACCCUUUGGAAAUACACUACGUAGUUGUAGAAAUUAUUGAUAUUAACGAUCACUCCCCUGUUUUCCCCGAAAAAGAACAGAGGUUUGAAAUUUUUGAACAAACCAUGGCCGGAAGACGAUUUCAGCUGCAUACUGCUCGGGACCCCGAUUCUGGAAUUAACGCAAUUCGUACAUAUACUUUAAGCUCAAACGAAAAUUUUGAAGUAACAAUCCGACAGAGCGAUGAGGAUAUAAUACCAUUUUUGGUGCUGAAGAAAUCGUUGGACAGAGAAAAAAUCAACAAAUACACGUUAACUGUCACUGCAGUUGAUGGAGGAAAACCUCCGCGAUCAGGCACCAUAAAUGUUACUAUAAUCGUUCUUGACACAAAUGACAACCGUCCAACAUUUAGUCAAGAGAGCUACCAAAUAGAAAUAGAUGAAAAUGUUCAAGUAGGGACUUCAAUAUUUAGAAUGAAUGCGACAGACCCAGAUGAAGGUUCCAGUAGUGAAAUUGUAUACAGCCUUGGAAAAACACUCAAGAAAAAAGUCUAUGAUAUAUUUGAACUGGAUAAAAUAAGUGGGGAAAUAAGAAUAAAGGGAAUAGUGGACUAUGAAGAAAACGACGUUUAUAAACUGGAUAUCGAGGCAUCAGAUAAAGGAACACCUCCAUUAACUGGUGAGUGCAGAUUAAUUAUAAAGAUAAAAGACAUCAAUGAUAAUCCACCAGAAAUUGAAAUCACAUCGCUUUCAAAUACAGUGUCUGAGGAUUCAAAGCCCGGCACAAUGAUUUCACUCAUCAGUGUGCGAGAUAAAGAUUCUGGUGUGAAUGGGAAAAUUAUUCUCAGCCUAACCUCAGACUUACCGUUUGAACUAAAACCAUCAUAUAAAGAGAACGUUUAUUCCGUUGUCACUAAAGUUCUUUUGGACCGAGAGGAGGUAUCUCAAUAUGAAUUGACAAUAAAAGCGACCGACUGUGGAGAGCCCCCUUUAUCUACUUUUAAAACUUUGAACAUCCAGGUAGCAGAUGUAAAUGACAACAGACCACAUUUUCCCAUAAAUCCACUACACUUUUACCUGUCCGAAAAUAACGUUGCUGGCAAAUCAAUAUUCUCCGUAAGCGCAGUGGACAAAGACUUAAGUGACAAUGCAGCAAUUUCAUAUCGAAUUGUGAAAGAGGGGAGCCAAAAUGACAUUAUCCCCUUCUAA